AUGAUAUCACCAAUUGGAAUGAAGACUCUGAACAUGGGAUCGCCUACUGGGAAGUCCCGAGAGGUCGCUGAUCUGAUGGAGCGCGGGAACAUCCAAGUACUAUGCUUUCAGGAGGCUCGCUAUAAAGGAUCAAAGGCCAUAGAAAUCGGGGAAGAUGUCAAGCUCUUCUACAACGAAGAAGACACCAAACUGGCCAUAGCGGUGGCGGACUCCCUUAAGGACUCUGUCUCCGCCGUCAACAGGGUCAGCAGUCGCAUCAUGGCUGUGAGGAUAGACACGAAGGAGAACUACUGGACAAUAAUAUCCGUGUAUGCCCCACAGGUCGGCCGCUCCGUCGUAGAAAAGGAUGUGUUCUAUCUGAGCCUUGACGAGGCUUUCAAGUCACUUCCGGAGGGGACUACAUCACAGUAG